AAAGUUUCUUCAAACUAGUUGGUUUGAAACGCUGUCUAUGCUUUGUGGUAUCCGUCAUGCUGCAUAUGCCUUGUGGUAUCCGUAUAUGCUUUGUCCCUCACCUUGUUUGCUCUCCUCGAAGCUUCUGAGAAAUUAGUAAGAAAUUAGGAUGCUUUGCAUCUGUCACCUAUAUAUUGCUAUCUUUCUCUUCUGAAUAUGCAAACACAGUUUGUAGAACUCAAUGGCUAGUUCAAACACCACUGAAGGAGAGAUGGAGGAAAAUAGAAACUCCGAAGAGAGUGAAGAAGUUGCGAUAUCUUGUUCUUCUUCAUCUCUUACAUUGGAAACUUGCUAUGGAACCUUACCGGAUUAUCUUCAGCAGUGCUUAAUGUAUUGCUCCAUCCUCCCUGACUACCAUGGGAUUCCAAAAGGAAAACUUAUUCGGUUACUUGUGGCCCAGGGACUGGUACAAGAAAAAGCAGGGCGGAUUAUGGAGGAUGUGGCAGAAGAAAAUUUAUAUGAAUUGAUCAGUCUAGGAAUGCUUCAACUCAAGGAGCAUCACUCUGACUCAAGAGGGACAAGAUUUCAGGUCUCCUCCCCUGUACGAGAAUUCUGUGUUUGUCAAAUGGAGGAAGGUAAAUUUAAAGUCUUUCGGGUUUUCAUUUGUUCAGACAUCACACAACUCAUAUCCCACUUGAACAAUCAUCAAGUUUCUUCUUUGUUCCUUCUUGGGCAAAAUCUUUCUCAACAUGAAGGUAACUGGUUACAGUAUAAUGGUGCAAACUCUUUAAGAGUGCUGGAUCUGGAGCGUACCAAAAUCAAAAUGUUACCAGAUGAAGUGGGAGACAUGAUAAACCUCCUGUAUCUUGGCUUGAACCACACUGAUAUAGAAGAGCUUCCAGAGGGGCUAGGUAGAUUAAAAGCUCUACAAACUUUUGAUAUCAGAUGGUCUAGACAUUUAACCGCCUUGCCAAAUGAUGUACUCAGUCUUGUUAGGCUGAGGCACCUCAAAAUGUUCAAGAGCAUGUUCCAAGAUGUUCAUGGGAUGAAGCUACCUGCCGGAAUAGGAAGCUUGAAUGAUCUUCUGACCCUUACAGGUAUACAUGCUGGUGGUGGAAUUGCAGAAGAUCUAGGUAAUCUAAUACGGCUCAGAAAACUUGGAGUGAUGGAUGUUGCUGAAGAGAAUAUCAGUGAGCUACUUGCCUCUAUAACGAAGAUGUCAGACCUCCUUUCCUUGUCUCUAGAAGGAAAAGACACCUUCAGCUGGGGAAAUCUUAUGACCUUCUGCGGGGGAAAUCUUAUCCUCCCGGAUUCAUUCUCUCCCCCACCAUUUCUCCAAAAGCUUCGCCUGGAAGGCGUUGGAGGAAAGCUACCUACUUGGUUCGGUUCCUUGGAAAGGCUUACAAAUCUAAGAUUAGGAAACUCUCAUAUAUCUGAGGACUCAUUAUUGGUGCUUCAACAGCUACCCAACUUGGAAAAUCUUAGCCUUUGGAAUGCUUAUGAUGCUAAGAAAAUAGGGAAAGAAUUCUGUUGCAUUGGUGGGUUUCCAAAGCUACAGGUUCUAACCAUUGCUUCACGUGUUCUUGAGGAGUGGAUAGAAAUUGAAGAGGGAGCACUACUGAGCUUGAAAUAUCUCCAUGUGCGCAAUUGUUUGCGUCUGCGGAUUCUUCCUGAAGGUCUGCAGUUUCUCACCAACCUUGAGCUGUUGGAUUUGUUGCCUUUGUCGGAUGAUCUUGCAGAACGGCUGAAACCUGAUGGCGGAGAGGAAAACUACAAAAUUAGGCGCAUUCCAGAGGUAACAAUUAUGACUAACUCGAUGGUGAAAGAAUAUGCUCAAGCCAAGAGAGAGGGGAGCCAAUGUGAGUGAAAGAAAUAAAGUUACAAGGAUUCAAAUAAACUGUGUUUCUGCACACAUUUCGCUGUUUAUCAAGCUAUGAAAGAAGUUUAUGUUUUCUAUUAUAUGCAACGACUACUUGAUGAA